GCCCUCUGGUGGCUCACGCGAGAGGCGCCGUUUACGUCACAGCGGAGGUCAACAAUAUCAAACAUGGCGGCUUCCAGUAAAGCGACCGUGGUUUUGAAGGCUGUGAAGAAAAUAGCGAUACAGUUCUCUCCGUUUGAGUCUAAUGUCCGGUCCACGAGGGAGUUCCUGGCCUUGGUGGGCUCAGAGAAGGCCAGAUUGACCAACAUGAACUGUGAAGUGGUAACCACAGUGAAACACGACAAGUCUGAACCUGUAAUAGAUAUAACUUACUUGGAUGGAGACAGGCUGGUGAUGAAGGGGGCAAAGUUGACCAGCAGGGAGAUGCUGAGUGUGUUUCAGUCCCAGUGCACAGCCAAGGAUCCACAGGCAAAAACUGCAGCAAAGAAAUGAUGAGCCUCGUGUUAUCUAUGUGAAUUCAUCUGUAUUUAUCUGUAUAUUCUUGGAUGUUUAUAAUUAAAGAUUUUCAUUGAAA